AUGAAUUCGACUACAGCUACUCAUACAAUUGAAGUCCUCCGUGCUAUUUUCGCAGAUUGUGGAAUUUGUGACCAAAUUGUCUGUGACAACGGACCUCAGUUUGUAAGCGAAGAGUUCCGUACAUUUUUACAGAAGAAUGGUGUCAAAGUUACGUAUAGUGCACCGUACCAUCCGAAGACAAACGGCUUGGCCGAGCGGUUUGUCCAGACAAUGAAACAGGCAUUGAAAGCCGCGAAACAUGAUCAAGGCACAGUUCAAACCAAACUCUCAAGAUUCUUAUUGGCUUACAGGAACGCAGAACACCAAACUACUAAAGUCAGUCCAGCCAGUCUAUUCUAUGGACGUAACUUACCAACUAGACUGGAGAAACUUAAACCUAGUUUGCGAAAGAGAGUAGAAGAUCAGCAAUCCAAAAUGCAUCGCAGUACUACAGACCGUAAUUUCGAUAUUGGUGAUUGUGUUACGAUCAGAGAUUAUCGUAGUGGUCGAGAUACUUGGAUUCCAGGCAAAAUAAACAUGAAAACUGGUCCUGUUUCGUAUCGUGUAGAGAUUGCGCCGGGUGUCAGCUGGCGUCGGCAUGCAGAUCAGAUUCAAAUGUCAGAACUUGUACCUGAACCAGAUCGUGUGGUACAAGACUCUAGUUUCUUACCAUUGUCAGAUAGUGUAAAUAGUCGUUCAUCAGCUAGAAAGUCAUUUUCUAGUCAGUCAACAACUAGUCAGUCAACAGCUAGUCAGUCAUCAACAAGUCCUGCGAAAGUUGAGCAAACAACUGAAAACCAGCAGCAACCCCCUGAAAAUACUGUAUCUACAGAAAAACGUUACCCAACAAGAAUUCGCAAGAAAGUUGAAAAGUUAAAUUUGUGA